CUAAAAGGGAAAAAAACAAAAACAAAACAAAAAAAAACCCCGAUGGCUGGCUGUGAAAUCACCGAUCAAGUGUAAGCCACUGCGAAAUACAGAUCAAGUUACAGAAGUUCAGCGAUACCCGGAGCAUCAGAUCAAAACCGCGGUGCUUUUUACCCCGCGAUCAUGGAGCCACCUCCGAAGCCGGUCCAGCUCCCUAAGCUGGAAAUCCUCCCACGAGGCAAGGGCUGGAAGUUCCAAACCCCAACGAAGAAGAUCAACGACGGUGCAGAUGUUUCACACUUCCUGACCUCGAAAGCCUACCGCGACAUCUGCGUCUUCGUGCUCCAGCUGAACCGCUCAUUAUGUCCCCGCAAAAAAUCGGGGGCCCCGGCCAACGCCGGCACCGUUUUCACGCUCGCAUCUCCGCGCGACGAUCCACCCUCCGUUCGACGGCUGCAGACACUCCUCGAUAAAGUGGUCGCGAUAGUUGACGAGGCGCCGCCCGACCCGGGACCACGCAGGUUUGGUAACAUUGCCUUUCGGACGUGGCACAAGCGCCUCGAGGACAGGGUGGACGCGCUCCUGGCUGAGUCUAUCGCGCCCGAGGUUCUGUCAUUUGACAGUGAUGGAGAGCAGUCAAAAACCAAAGACGACACAGCCGAAAAGGCUGAGGAGCACAAGGCAUUUUCAACAGCUAGCGCCAUUGACGAGCUGAGGGCAUACUUCCUUGGCAGCUUCGGCAGUUCACAAAGACUUGACUAUGGAACUGGGCAUGAGCUGAGCUUCCUGGCAUUCUUGGGUGGCUUGUGGAAAUUGGGCGCAUUCACAGACGGGCCGGAGUCGAAUCAGGGUGACAUUGAACGAAGCAUUGUGCUCGGUGUCUUUGAGCAAUACCUCAAGGUUAUACGAAAGCUUAUCCUUACAUACACCCUGGAACCAGCCGGGUCGCAUGGAGUAUGGGGUCUCGAUGAUCACUCUUUCCUUCCAUAUAUAUUUGGCUCGGCACAACUCACCCGCCCAAUCUCUGAAGACGAGACUAUGCCCCUUGAAGGCUCCGUGAUGCGUGCUCCAAAACUCGGGGAUAUUACCAAGGCCGAAACUGUCGAGGUGCAGCGCGAGCUGAACAUGUAUUUUUCUGCCGUCGGGUUCAUCAACGACGUAAAGAAAGGUCCCUUCUGGGAACACAGCCCCAUGCUCUGGGAUGUUUCUGGCAUCAAGGACGGUUGGGGCAAGGUGAACAAGGGCAUGAUCAAGAUGUUCAACGCCGAGGUUUUAUCCAAGUUCCCGGUUGUUCAACAUUUCCCCAUCGGCUCAUUGUUCUCCUGGGAAGUGGAUCCAGAAGCACCAAUACCAACACAGAGUGUGCAUAUGCAGAAUCAGCCUAUCGUUGCAGCUGCAGGACAGGCGCCUAUGGGAAUGCCACCAACGGGCAUGCCGCCAGCACAGUUGAAUCCUAUGGGUGUCUCAGUGGGUACAGCUGCACCGUGGGCGCAAGCAGGUCGGAUGCCUGCGCCGGGGAUACCUUCUUCGCGGGUGCUGCCACCGAUGACUGGAUCUACAAGACCUCCGCCUUCCGACCCAGUUGCGAGACAAAGCGGGAUACCGGCGUCUGAAAGUAGUGGGACAAAUGAUGGACAAGUUGGUUCGACAAAAGCUCCAUGGGCAUAGUCUAGACCUAGCCGCAUCCAAGAGAGCCAAUAUUGAAUUGCUUAUAAACAAAGUGCACGAAUUUGGAUAUUAGGAUAAACAUGAUGCAGAAAACGCAGAAAUAGGAUGAAGGACAACAUAUGCCGCGUGUAGAGGCACAUUCGCCAAUUUGCGGGGUAUUAACACUGAUGAAAACAGAAACAACCAACGCAUUAAGAAAAAAAAAAAAGAUAUGUCGUCUCAAGUCGGGUGUCUUGGCGUGUCUUAAACAGUAAAGGAUCCACAAAUAGUGGCGAGUGACUUGGAAAGACAAAAAGAUGGACGAGACCCUGGAAAAAUGACCCUUGAAAGCGCAAACCUAGUGGUAGACUAGCCAACAUAUGACUUUGUUUCCACCACACCUCAUGCCGUUGGCGCAGCGGGCGCGGCAGCCGCGGCAGGGGCAGCCGGUGCAGCAGCAGGUGCUGCAUCAGUCGCCUCGGGCUUCUUCUCCUCGGCCUUGGCAGUCUCAGUGGCAGACGCAGGAGGAGCAGCAUCGACGGCGGCAGCAGGCUCGGCCGGGGCCGGGGUCGGCGCCGG